CCCUCCCCUCUCUCUCUCCCUCUCUAGAAAUGGUGUCCAAGGUAGUGAAGAGAACCCCCACAAAAUCCCUCAAAAACCGGAAAAACUUCCCCUUCACCCAUCGCCGCACCCGCAACAAAUCCCCCAUCAAAACCACCGCCGCCGCCACCGUCGCCUCCAUCAACAAAUCCAUCUACACCUGCCACCGCCGCCUCCUCAAAAUCUUCACCAAGCUCACCCGCAUCGCCACCCCCGAAAAAACCCCCCGCAAAAAAGGAUACAAAAUCCUCCAAAAAUCCCCCCCAAAAAUUCCCCCCUCCGCCGCCGACGUCAGGCGCUCUCUCUUCACAAACAAACUCCCUCUCCCUCCGCCAACAGAUCCUCAAAAGCACACCAUCUUCCUCGACCUCGACGAAACCCUAAUCCACUCCACCGCCGCCGCGCCUCCGGAGAGGUACGAUUUCGUCGUCCGCCCCGUAAUCGACGGCCAGAAAACCGAAUUCUACGUCCUCAAAAGGCCUUUCGUCGAUGAAUUCCUGGCCUAUUUGAGCGAUCGGUUCGAGAUCGUGAUAUUCACAGCUGGAAUUGAGGAGUAUGCUUCUCUGGUUGUCGAUAAGCUCAAUUGGAGGAAUGGGAUUUCGCACCGAUUGUAUCGCGAUUCGUGCAGAGCUGUGGAUGGGAUGUUCGUCAAGGAUUUGGGGGAAACGGGGAGGGACCUGAGCAGGGCGGUGAUUGUGGAUGAUAAUCCGAAUUCGUAUCAGUUUCAGCCGGAAAAUGCGAUCCCGAUUAAGCAGUUUGUGGAUGAUGUCGGCGAUGAGGAGCUGAAGAAGAUGAUGGAGUUGUUUGAAGGGUGUGAUUUGGGGGAGGAUUUGAGGGAUUUUGUUAGGGUUUUUGUUGGGGCUGAUGAGAAGCUUUGCUAGGGUUUAGAUUCAUUUUUUUGGAAGUCGAUCGUUUUGUGUAGUUGAACAGAUCUUGUUCAAUUUCAUGUUUUGAUUUGGAAUUUAUAUGUACUUAUUUAUUGAAUUAAAGGUUAUUUCACCAUCUUCCACUUUGGCCAUAAGCUUUUUUAGAUUUUUACUUUUGAUUGAAUCGCUAUUGAUAAUUGUUUGACUAAUUGUUGUAAACUUUUGGCUAAAUUGCUUUUAAAAUCAUGAACUUAUACAAUAGUUUGGUUUUUCUGUGAACUUUAAAUGUUGCGUUAAAAAUCAUAAAUUUUGCUCCUGUGUGCCGAUUUCCCGAGUUGGGUAUUCCGGCUAAGUAGAGUACUGACGUGUGCAUGUGUCAAACAUGGAUGAUGUGGUGGAUGCUGAUAUGUGCAAUGACAUGGAAUUAAAUUUUUUUUUUCUAAAUCACAUAACAUAAAAAAAACCCCAAAUUGCAUACUAUCAAAACAAACGAGUCCAACCCUACCUAACCUAACAUCAGAAAUCAAACUUCAAACAUCUUAACCCUUUCUUCUGCUCAGCGGUGGCGACCUCGACCCCGACGGCGACGGCAACGGCGACUGCAACAUCCGAUGGCGCCGCUGACUCCGGACGACAUUUUUGGCCUCUAUAUUCAUCAUGGAAGACAUUUCAUUCCAAAUGGAAAGUUUCAAAAAUAUAUUGGUGGUAGAAUAGCACAGGCAAGUGAUCUAGACCCAGACAGAUUUGGGUAUUUUGACUUAGUUUAGGAAUUGAAUAAAAUAGGGAUUGACUUAGAGGUGCCCACGGUUCGGAACCGCCGGUUUUUUGCGAUUCCGGCUUGGUUUCACGGUUUUUCGCAGUUCCGGUUCGGAACGGUUUUGGUUCCGGUUCUGGCACGGUUUUGGUUCAAAAAUUUUUGAACCUGAACCGAACCACGGUUCAAAAAUUGACGGUUUCAGUUCGAGUAAAUUCUCACGGUUUCGGUUUGGAACCGUAACCGGCGGUUACAGUUUUGGUUUUAAACGCCGGUUUGGUAAACCUUAGGCAGGUCUAGGUAGACUCACCUUUGUGAAUCCUAUGUUAGCAACCCACGUGGAUAUAAAGAGUGAUAAGGAGGUGAUGGAGAUGUUAUCUGCUACUCUAAUAGUCAGUUUUAACAGAAUGUGUAGUACAUAUGUUCAUAUGUUGUUGAUGGGAUGAAGUCUACGGAAGGCAUGGGUGGUGAACAUGUGUGAGAGAAGGUGGUGAAAAUGGUUGAAACUGUAAAAAAUAGCAAGAGUGUGGUUGAAAAGAGUAACUUUGAGUCUGCCACAAAAAUUAGAUAUUCCACUUCUAUGAGCAAGGGUAAGAGUGUGAUUGAAAAAAAUGUGGAGAAAAAUGUGGUUCAAUCGGUGGAGAAGAGUGUUGUUGAAAGUGUUAGUAAGAAUGUUGCUAUAUCUUUUGGUAGAAGUGGCAGUGAGAGGGUGAUUAAGUCUACCGAGAAGCAAGGUAGUGAAACGUUUAGUAAGAAUGUAAGUGAAGCUGUGAGUAAGACAAUGGCUCGAUCUGUGGAUAAUAAUGCAGGUGAAGCUGGGAGUAAGAGCUUGAGUGAUUCUAUGGAGAAGAAUUUGAGUGGUCCUGUACAUGAGGGAGUUGGAUUAGCUAAUGAGGUUUUUGGAGAAGGUAAGCAUGAGAGUUCAAGUGAUGGCAGCUAUAUACCAUCAAGUGAUGAGGACACCGAUGAUGAAAUGGAAGCCGAUGAGCUAGUGUCUGAGGAUGAAGAAUAUGAACAAGGUAGAAAGAAGAUGAAAGAGAGAAAGAAGCCAUUUGUAAUAACUGAUCAGAUGUUCUAGGGGAUAGUCAAUGGAGGACAGAAGAGUGACUAUGUGUCUGAAUAUGAAAAUUCUGAAGAAGAUGAUAUUUAUUCUGACUCCACUGAUUUUGAAGAUGAAGGGAGACGAUCUAAACAACGACAUGCUAAAGUGAUGUAUAAUCCAAAUUGUGAUCAUAAGCUUCUUACAUUCAGUCCUUGUGAAUGGAAGAUAUCUGGGAGUCGAGUGAGGACGAGUGGUGUAUUUUUAAUAAAAAAAAAUCAAGAAGGGGUUCACACUUGUCCUAGGGCUAUGAGGAUUAAAAUUGCUACAUCAAAUUGGAUUGCUAGAAAGUACUUUCAUGUCUUUAAGCUUAAACCAAAUAUCAGUGUUGUGAAAAUCGCGCUCGGGGCGCGCUCGGGGCGCGGGGCGCUCAAAGCGAGCCUGUAAUCGCCCCGAUGCGGCGGUGUCGUGUGAGAUCCGUGGAGCAACGGUGGGGCGCGCCUGGGUCGCUCGGGUCGCCGUGGAGCGCUUGGGUCGCCUGGGUCGUGGGCCGAUUUGGGUUGAAUAUUGAUGACUCUUCAUCUUCUUCCAUGAAUAAAUCAAAAAACGGUAACUUACCAACUUCCCAUACUCUUAUUUAAGGAAAACCUACACCAACCCUUCUAUUCAGCCGCCUUCUCCUCUUCUAUUUAUUCUCCUUUUUCUUCUCCUUUCUUCUUCAUCAGCCACCACUCCGAAUCACUUUAUUCUUCAGCCAUCACUCCUUCGACGUCCAGAUUCGCAAGAUUUAUCUACAGCUUCUGGAGCGUCGGAAGCAGUGUACCAUACUAGAGGUAGCACAAGCACAAGAGAACAAGCCUCAAGCUCUAUGCGUACUUAUACUCUUGUGGAUAAUGAAGAUGACAGUGAAGAUAUUAAUUUGGUUGUAUACGAUGAAGGAGAAGAGGACUUACCUCUCAGUGAUGAUGAUAUUAUUUAGUUAAUUAUUUUAUGUUUUGCAACUUUUUUUGGAACUAUUAUGAUUUUUGAUAAUAAAAUUCAGUUAUUUAGUUA